AUGCAUGAGGCCAUCGCGUUGCUGAUGCCAUCGUGUCCCCUCUGGGCAGAGCCGGCUGAGGACUCAGAGGAUGAGGAGGAGGAAGAGGAGGUGGAGAAUAAAGACCCACCAAAAAGGCUCAAGAAGAAGCUGCCCAAAGAUCCCCCCUCGGGCGAGAGCCGGGAGAAGAAGCUGAAGCCGAAGGGAGACAAGAGCGACCCCGAAGGCAAAGCCAAAUCUGCCAAAAGCACCAAGAAGGAGCCGAUGUCUGUGUUCCAGGUGAACGGGGAGAAGGAGAAGAAAAGCAAGAAGAAAGCCGCCACCGGCAGCGAUGAGGAGGACGAUUCCGAUGCCAGCACCAAACCCAUCAGGUCGGAGAAGAAGAAAAACCCGGCGUCCCUCUUCCAGACCGGCGGGGACCCCCCCAAGGAGAAGAAAACCAAAAAGAAAGCUCCUCCCAAAGCGGCCGAGAGCGAGGAGGAAACCCCGGAGACCCCGCAGAAAAACUCCAACAAGAAGGGGAAAGGGAAGAAAUCAAAGAAGCCGAAGGAGGAGAGACCCCCGUCGCCCGUCAUUGAGGUGGACAACCUGGAGGAGUUCGUGCUGCGGCCGGCGCCGCAGGGGGUGACCGUCAAGUGCCGGGUGACGCGGGACAAGAAGGGGAUGGACCGGGGGCUUUACCCCACCUAUUACCUCCACUUGGAUAACGACAAGAAGGUGUUCCUCCUUGCCGGGAGGAAACGUAAGAAGAGCAAAACCUCCAACUACCUCAUCUCCAUCGACCCCACCGACCUGUCGCGGGGGGGAGAGAAUUUCAUCGGGAAGCUGAGAUCCAACCUGAUGGGUACGAAGUUCACGGUGUUCGACAACGGCGCGAACCCCGACAGGGCCAACGCCGACUGGUCCAACGUGCGGCAGGAGCUCUCGGCCGUCGUCUACGACACCAAUGUUCUAGGGUUCAAAGGCCCCCGGAAGAUGACGGUGAUCAUCCCCGGGAUGAACGCUGACAACGAGAGGGUGCCCAUCCGGCCCCGAAACGAUAACGACGGCCUCCUGAUGCGAUGGCAGAACAAAAACAUGGACAACGUGAUCGAGCUGCACAACAAGGCGCCGGUGUGGAACGACGAGACCCAGUCCUACGUCCUCAACUUCCACGGCCGGGUCACCCACGCCUCCGUCAAAAACUUCCAGAUAGUGCACGGCAGCGACCCCGACUACAUCGUGAUGCAGUUCGGGCGCGUGGCUGACGACGCCUUCACCAUGGACUACAACUACCCGCUCUGCGCCGUGCAGGCCUUUGCCAUCGCGCUCUCCAGCUUCGACGGGAAGCUGGCCUGCGAGUAG